GUAACGGAAUUGAAAAUAAAUUUUUUUUACAAAUAAACAUAAUAAUCUGUAAAUCGAGACGCGCUCUAAAAACUCGUGGACAAAUUCGAUUCGUUUACUUUUCAUUGUGUGCGUGUUGUUUGUACGCGUGUGUGUGUGUGUGUGUGUGUAUGUUGGUGUUACAUACAUACGCUUCUUGACGUUGUGUGUCCCCCCUUUUAAAUACCAACCCCUCCCGCCCCCGGCCCCCUUCCAGACUUAACCGAACGCAUUAAGUGAACGCCACAUUCUAUGGUUAAUUUCAACAAAUAAUUCGUCAAAUUACGCAAAAUAAUUCCAUUAAUCAAAAUGAGCAGCUCCGAGGAAGUCUCCUGGGUUACCUGGUUCUGCGGGCUUCGCGGCAAUGAGUUCUUUUGCGAGGUUGAUGAGGAUUACAUACAGGACAAGUUCAAUUUAACUGGAUUAAAUGAGCAGGUGCCCAACUACCGUCAGGCUUUGGACAUGAUAUUGGAUCUGGAGCCGGAGGAUGAACUUGAAGAUAAUCCCCUGCAAUCGGAUAUGACCGAACAGGCAGCUGAAAUGUUGUACGGCCUCAUACACGCUAGAUAUAUAUUAACAAAUCGUGGCAUCGCUCAAAUGAUUGAGAAAUAUCAAACUGGCGACUUUGGACAUUGCCCACGUGUCUACUGCGAGAGUCAGCCCAUGUUGCCUUUGGGCCUUUCGGAUAUACCCGGCGAGGCAAUGGUGAAAACCUAUUGCCCCAAGUGCAUUGAUGUUUAUACACCAAAAUCAUCGCGUCAUCAUCACACUGAUGGCGCCUAUUUCGGCACUGGUUUUCCACACAUGUUGUUCAUGGUGCAUCCCGAGUAUCGCCCCAAGCGCCCUACUAAUCAAUUUGUUCCACGUCUGUACGGCUUUAAAAUUCACAGCUUAGCUUAUCAAAUUCAGCUGCAGGCAGCAGCCAAUUUCAAAAUGCCACUACGAGCGCAGCAGCGCGGCCAGCCACCAAAGGACGAAGAGCCUGAGAACAAUGCCAUCGAUACGAUUCCAAAGCGCAUCUAAAAGUGCAGCACUGCAGCGGCCGUUACAACAAAACUCUCACAUAUGCGGACACAACACACACUCUGACAGCAAUACACAAACACACACACAUGCAUACGUACAUUGACACAAGCAGAAGCAGCAGCCGCAAAGAACGCCGUUGAGGAAUGUACACCCCGCCCCCCGCCCCCCCCCCACACCAUCUAAGAAAGGACCAACUAUGCAAUCCGCCGGCAUUCACGAGGCUUGUGCGAAAACAAUAUGUUUCGAUAUCGAAAGUACACCCACAAAAGCACACAUACACACACACGCACACAGACUGGGACGAGCAUACACAUACACAAAUACACAUGAAUUCAAAAAUAAGAAGAAGAAAAAAACUCAGCUUUGUCAGCCCUGGUACGUGCGUGCAGCAGGCGCAUUCAAUUCAAUUUUAUUCUUUGCAUUUUAUUUACUAAGUGAGCGGCUAAAGUUUAGAAUAGUUUUAAAUAUUUAGUCAAGUGCCCUUUUUAUCCCCCCCCCCCCUCCAAGUCCCAAAACACACACACACACACACACAUACCAACCCGAACCCCUUACUACCAGAGAAUAAUAACAAAUAUUAGCAAUUAUCAAUUAUCAGCUUAGGCACGUUUGCUCAUGUUUAUGUCGAAAGUUAACAGCUCGUGUGCUUGUUAACUGAUCUUCCUGUUAAAUGUUAGCAAGCAGCGCUGCCAGCUUGCUAAACCGUUCGUUGCACAUCUUGCGAUUGAUCGAUAAAUAUAGUUCACCGUUUAUCGAGCAGCCAUGGUGGCCUUGUGUUGAGUUGUUGCCAACUUAACGAUGUGGCGUUGCCAAUGCGCGCCAUUAAAUUACAAAAACAAAACAAAACCUCUUGUCAAGCUGAACUACUUGUUAACUUUAACAGAAACAUUAGAAAAUGUGCCUAUUUAAAAAGAAAAGGGAGCCCGUUACAGUAAAAACCCAACAACAACAACAAGGAAAACAAAAAAACGCGCGAGCCGCACUGUCAAAGGUCAGUCUCGCAUUUCGAUAUCCGAGAGUGCAUACGUAUAUAAGUAUAUAGAGAAAUACAUAUGUGUACACAAUAAACAAUAUAAAUAUACCGUUAGCUUAUUUAUAUACAAUUUAAAAUGAAAACAAAAAAAACAACAAAUAUUUUAUGUAUUUUUUUAAUGUAUUUAAGAUAAUUAAGAUUACUCGUAAUGCAGUAACUGAAAACUGAACCGUAGUAAAUAUAUAUAUAUAUAUACACACAUAUAUAUAACUAUAUAUGCGAAUCGGUGCAAAGUGCAAAGCGAAGUGCUCCCCAAAACGGGUUUGCGAGAGCUGCUAACUAUAAGUAAAGCCUGAACAAACUGAAAUCUGAAUGCGCAAGGAAUAUGAAAUACGCAACACAACAAAACAAAAACAAAAAUAUUAAGAGAAUAAAAUAAUAAGUAAAUAAAAUAAAUAAGUCAAUAAUAAACGAUGCCGAAAACUAUUGAAAUAUAAAA